AUGAGUCUGAGAUAUCUUAAUUCAGAAAUGACAAUGGAGGACAGAAGCAGCCACACUGGCGUCAGAGAACGGCUGGGACUGAGCUUCACUAUUGACUACCUUCUGUUCAAUAAAGGAGUCAAAGGUUCUAAAGAAGAAGCGACAGGAAGUCGUACGGCAGAGCAGACAGCGAACAACAUGCUAAAUCAUCAGAAUCCUAAACCCGAAGAGGUGGGGAUUCGCUCUGAGAUGAAGGAGACGCAGCUACAGAGGUCAGGGGUAGACACUGAAGAAAGGAAAGUCAAAGAAGAGGAGGGGGAUGAAGAACAACAACAUGAGGGGGAGGAGGAAGUGACCACCACCAUUUCUGUCAGCAGCGAUCCGGAGAAGUCUGACAAGUCGGACAAACCCAACCAGUCGUACAUUGCACUCAUCUCCAAGGCAAUCCUGGCAUCCGAGCAGAAGAAACUGCUGCUAUGUGACAUCUACCAGUGGAUCAUGGACCACUACCCUUACUUCAAGAGUUGCAAACUGCCUCUGCCUUUACCAGGUGCAACAACAGAUUGGACGUAGCCUAGUGGAUUAAAGUUGAUCACUGGUUUGCGUGCUAAAAAGGAUAAAAACUGGAGGAACAGUGUGCGUCACAACUUGUCUCUGAAUGAUUGCUUCAUCAAAGCAGGCCGCAGUGACAACGGUAAAGGCCACUUCUGGGCAAUUCACCCAUCAAACUAUCAGGACUUUUCUAACGGGGACUAUCACUGCCGGAGAGCGCGGCGGAGGGUUCGUAGGGUGGCAGGACAGCUCCCCCUUUCCUCUCUGAGCUCCCCGUACCACCCUGCCCUCGCCCGCCCCCACAGAACCACCUGUUGGUGCUGUCCUCAGGCCCCAGUGCUUCCUCUGUCCUGCGUGGCACCUAGACUCUACUGGCCUUGGUCCCGUGUGCAGCCACAAGUGGGAUUCCACCCAGGCCUGCAUGCCUCUAUACCCUGA